AUGCCGCACAUCCCGCUGACACCUCGAGUGGCACGCGGAGUUCAUUGCUUGAAAAGGCUCAAGACGUAUGCCAACUUUCCAGAAGCACCUCAGGAGCAGGCUUCUCUCAGCAGUAGGCUCAAGACGUAUGCCAACUUUCCAGAAGCACCUCAGGAGGAGGCUUCUCUCAGCAAUAGGCUCAAGACGUAUGCCAACUUUCCAGAAGCACCUCAGGAGGAGGCUUCUCUCAGCAAUAGGCUCAAGACGUAUGCCAACUUUCCAGAAGCACCUCAGGAAGAGGCUUCUCUCAGCAAUAGGCUCAAGACGUAUGCCAACUUUCCAGAAGCACCUCAGGAAGAGGCUUCUCUCAGCAAUAGGCUCAAGACCAAUGGCAACUUUCCAGAAGCACCUCAGGAGGAGGCAUCUCUCAGCAAUAGGUUCAAGACGUAUGCCAACUUUCCAGAAGCACCUCAGAAGCAGGCUUCUCUCAGCAAUAGGCUCAAGACCAAUGGCAACUUUCCAGAAGCACCUCAGGAGGAGGCAUCUCUCAGCAAUAGGUUCAAGACGUAUGCCAACUUUCCAGAAGCACCUCAGAAGCAGGCUUCUCUCAGCAAUAGGCUCAAGACGUAUGCCAACUUUCCAGAAGCACCUCAGGAGGAGGCAUCUCUCAGCAAUAGGCUCAAGACCAAUGGCAACUUUCCAGAAGCACCUCAGGAGGAGGCAUCUCUCAGCAAUAGGCUCAAGACGUAUGCCAACUUUCCAGAAGCACCUCAAGAGGAGGCUUCUCUCAGCAAUAGGCUCAAGACGUAUGCCAACUUUCCAGAAGCACCUCAGGAGGAGGCUUCUCUCAGCAAUAGGCUCAAGACGUAUGCCAACUUUCCAGAAGCACCUCAGGAGCAGGCUUCUCUCAGCAAUAGGCUCAAGACGUAUGCCAACUUCCCAGAAGCACCUCAGGAGGAGGCUUCUCUCAGCAAUAGGCUCAAGAUGUAUGCCAACUUUCCAGAAGCACCUAAGGUGGAGGCUUCUCUCAGCAAUAGGCUCAAGACGUAUGCCAACUUUCCAGAAGCACCUCAGGAGCAGGCUUCUCUCAGCAAUAGGCUCAAGAUGUAUGCCAACUUUCCAGAAGCACCUAAGGUGGAGGCUUCUCUCAGCAAUAGGCUCAAGAUGUAUGCCAACUUUCCAGAAGCACCUAAGGUGGAGGCUUCUCUCAGCAAUAGGCUCAAGACGUAUGCCAACUUUCCAGAAGCACCUCAGGAGCAGGCUUCUCUCAGCAAUAGGCUCAAGAUGUAUGCCAACUUUCCAGAAGCACCUAAGGUGGAGGCUUCUCUCAGCAAUAGGCUCAAGACGUAUGCCAACUUUCCAGAAGCACCUCAGGAGGAGGCUUCUCUGAGCAAUAGGCUCAAGACGUAUGCCAACUUUCCAGAAGCACCUCAGGAGCAGGCUUCUCUCAGCAAUAGGCUCAAGACGUAUGCCAACUUCCCAGAAGCACCUCAGGAGGAGGCUUCUCUCAGCAAUAGGCUCAAGACGUAUGCCAACUUUCCAGAAGCACCUCAGGAGGAGGCUUUUCUCAGCAAUAGGCUCAAGACGUAUGCCAACUUUCCAGAAGCACCUCAGGAGGAGGCUUCUCUCAGCAAUAGGCUCAAGACGUAUGCCAACUUUCCAGAAGCACCUCAGGAGGAGGCUUCUCUCAGCAAUAGGCUCAAGACGUAUGCCAACUUUCCAGAAGCACCUCAGGAGCAGGCUUCUCUCAGCAAUAGGCUCAAGACGUAUGCCAACUUUCCAGAAGCACCUCAGGAGGAGGCUUCUCUCAGCAAUAGGCUCAAGAUGUAUGCCAACUUUCCAGAAGCACCUAAGGUGGAGGCUUCUCUCAGCAAUAGGCUCAAGACGUAUGCCAACUUUCCAGAAGCACCUCAGGAGGAGGCUUCUCUCAGCAAUAGGCUCAAGAUGUAUGCCAACUUUCCAGAAGCACCUAAGGUGGAGGCUUCUCUCAGCAAUAGGCUCAAGACGUAUGCCAACUUUCCAGAAGCACCUCAGGAGCAGGCUUCUCUCAGCAAUAGGCUCAAGACGUAUGCCAACUUCCCAGAAGCACCUGAGGAGGAGGCUUCUCUCAGUAAUAGGCUCAAGACGUAUGUCAACUUUCCAGAAGCACUUCAGGAGCAGGCUUCUCUCAGCAAUAGGCUCAAGACGUAUGCCAACUUUCCAGAAGCACCUAAGGUGGAGGCUUUUCUCAGCAAUAGGCUCAAGACCAAUGGCAACUUUCCAGAAGCACCUCAGGAGGAGGCUUCUCUCAGCAAUAGGCUCAAGACGCAUGGCAACUUUCCAGAAGCACCUCAGGAGGAGGCUUCUCUCAGCAAUAGGCUCAAGACGUAUGCCAACUUUCCAGAAGCACCUCAGGAGGAGGCUUCUCUCAGCAAUAGGCUCAAGACCAAUGGCAACUUUCCAGAAGCACCUCAGGAGGAGGCUUCUCUCAGCAAUAGGCUCAAGACGCAUGGCAACUUUCCAGAAGCACCUCAGGAGGAGGCUUCUCUCAGCAAUAGGCUCAAGACGCAUGGCAACUUUCCAGAAGCACCUCAGGAGGAGGCUUCUCUCAGCAAUAGGCUCAAGACGUAUGCCAACUUUCUGGAAGCACCUCAGGAGCAGGCUUCUGUCAGCAAUCGGCUCAAGACGAAUGCCAACUUUCCAGAAGCACCUCAGGAGGAGGCUUCUCUCAGCAAUAGGCUCAAGACGUAUGCCAACUUUCUGGAAGCACCUCAGGAGCAGGCUUCUGUCAGCAAUCGGCUCAAGACGAAUGCCAACUUUCCAGAAGCACCUCAGGAGGAGGCUUCUCUCAGCAAUAGGCUCAAGACGUAUGCCAACUUUCCAGAAGCACCUCAGGAGGAGGCUUCUCUCAGCAAUAGGCUCAAGACGUAUGCCAACUUUCCAGAAGCACCUCAGGAGGAGGCUUCUCUCAGCAAUAGGAUCAAGACGAAUGCCAACUUUCCAGAAGCACCUCAGGAGGAGGCUUCUCUCAGCAAUAGGCUCAAGACGUAUGCCAACUUCCCAGAAGCACCUCAGGAGGAGGCUUCUCUCAGCAAUAGGCUCAAGACGUAUGCCAAUUUUCCAGAAGCACCUCAGGAGGAGGCUUCUCUCAGCAAUAGGCUCAAGACGUAUGCCAACUUCCCAGAAGCACCUCAGGAGGAGGCUUCUCUCAGCAAUAGGCUCAAGACGUAUGCCAAUUUUCCAGAAGCACCUCAGGAGGAGGCUUCUCUCAGCAAUAGGCUCAAGACGUAUGCCAACUUUCCAGAAGCACCUCAGGAGGAGGCUUCUCUCAGCAAUAGGCUCAAGACGUAUGCCAACUUUCCAGAAGCACCUCAGGAGGAGGCUUCUCUCAGCAAUAGGCUCAAGACGUAUGCUAACUUUCCAGAAGCACCUCAGGAGGAGGCUUCUCUCAGCAAUAGGCUCAAGACGUAUGUCAACUUCCCAGAAGCACCUCAGGAGGAGGCUUCUCUCAGCCAUAGGCUCAAGACGUAUGCCAACUUCCCAGAAGCACCUCAGGAGGAGGCUUCUCUCAGCCAUAGGCUCAAGACGUAUGCCAACUUCCCAGAAGCACCUCAGGAGGAGGCUUCUCUCAGCAAUAGGCUCAAGACGUAUGCCAACUUCCCAGAAGCACCUCAGGAGGAGGCUUCUCUCAGCCAUAGGCUCAAGACGUAUGCCAACUUCCCAGAAGCACCUCAGGAGGAGGCUUCUGUCAGCCAUAGGCUCAAGACGUAUGCUAACUUUCCAGAAGCACCUCAGGAGGAGGCUUCUCUCAGCAAUAGGCUCAAGACGUUUGCCAACUUUCCAGAAGCACCUCAGGAGGAGGCUUCUCUCAGCAAUAGGCUCAAGACGUAUGCUAACUUUCCAGAAGCACCUCAGGAGGAGGCUUCUCUCAGCAAUAGGCUCAAGACGUAUGCCAACUUUCCAGAAGCACCUCAGGAGGAGGCUUCUCUCAGCAAUAGGCUCAAGACGUAUGCCAACUUUCCAGAGGCACCUCAGGAGGAGGCUUCUCUCAGCAAUAGGCUCAAGACGUAUGCCAAGUUUCCAGAAGCACCUCAGGAGGAGGCUUCUCUCAGCAAUAGGCUCAAGACGUAUGCCAACUUUCCAGAGGCACCUCAGGAGGAGACUUCUCUCAGCAAUAGGCUCAAGACGUAUGCCAACUUUCCAGAAGCACCUCAGGAGGAGGCUUCUCUCAGCAAUAGGCUCAAGACGUAUGCCAACUUUCCAGAAGCACCUCAGGAGGAGGCUUCUCUCAGCAAUAGGCUCAAGACGUAUGCCAAGUUUCCAGAAGCACCUCAGGAGGAGGCUUCUCUCAGCAAUAGGCUCAAGACGUAUGCCAACUUUCCAGAAGCACCUCAGGAGGAGGCUUCUCUCAGCAAUAGGCUCAAGACGUAUGCCAACUUUCCAGAAGCACCUCAGGAGGAGGCUUCUCUCAGCAAUAGGCUCAAGACGUAUGCCAACUUUCCAGAAGCACCUCAGCAGGAGGCUUCUCUCAGCAAUAGGCUCAAGACGUAUGCCAACUUCCCAGAAGCACCUCAGGAGGAGGCUUCUCUCAGCAAUAGGCUCAAGACGUAUGCCAACUUUCCAGAUGCACCUCAGGAGGAGGCUUCUCUCAGCAAUAGGCUCAAGUCGUAUGCCAAGUUUCCAGAAGCACCUCAGGAGGAGGCUUCUCUUAGCAAUAGGCUCAAGACGUAUGCCAACUUUCCAGAAGCACCUCAGGAGGAGGCUUCUCUCAGCAAUAGGCUCAAGUCGUAUGCCAAGUUUCCAGAAGCACCUCAGGAGGAGGCUUCUCUCAGCAAUAGGCUCAAGACGUAUGCCAACUUUCCAGAUGCACCUCAGGAGGAGGCUUCUCUCAGCAAUAGGCUCAAGACGUAUGCCAACUUUCCAGAGGCACCUCAGGAGGAGACUUCUCUCAGCAAUAGGCUCAAGACGUAUGCCAACUUUCCAGAAGCACCUCAGGAGGAGGCUUCUCUCAGCAAUAGGCUCAAGACGUAUGCCAACUUUCCAGAAGCACCUCAGGAGGAGGCUUCUCUCAGCAAUAGGCUCAAGACGUAUGCCAAGUUUCCAGAAGCACCUCAGGAGGAGGCUUCUCUCAGCAAUAGGCUCAAGACGUAUGCCAACUUUCCAGAAGCACCUCAGGAGGAGGCUUCUCUCAGCAAUAGGCUCAAGACGUAUGCCAACUUUCCAGAAGCACCUCAGGAGGAGGCUUCUCUCAGCAAUAGGCUCAAGACGUAUGCCAACUUUCCAGAAGCACCUCAGCAGGAGGCUUCUCUCAGCAAUAGGCUCAAGACGUAUGCCAACUUCCCAGAAGCACCUCAGGAGGAGGCUUCUCUCAGCAAUAGGCUCAAGACGUAUGCCAACUUUCCAGAUGCACCUCAGGAGGAGGCUUCUCUCAGCAAUAGGCUCAAGACGUAUGCCAACUUUCCAGAUGCACCUCAGGAGGAGGCUUCUCUCAGCAAUAGGCUCAAGACCUAUGCCAACUUUCCAGAAGCACCUCAGGAGGAGGCUUCUCUCAGCAAUAGGCUCAAGACGUAUGCCAACUUUCCAGAAGCACCUCAGGAGGAGGCUUCUCUCAGCAAUAGGCUCAAGACGUAUGCCAACUUUCCAGAAGCACCUCAGGAGGAGGCUUCUCUCAGCAAUAGGCUCAAGACGUAUGCCAAAUUUAAAGAAGCACCUCAGGAGGAGGCUUCUCUCAGCAAUAGGCUCAAGACGUAUGCCAACUUUCCAGAAGCACCUCAGGAGGAGGCUUCUCUCAGCAAUAGGCUCAAGACGUAUGCCAACUUUCCAGAUGCACCUCAGGAGGAGGCUUCUCUCAGCAAUAGGCUCAAGACGUAUGCCAACUUUCCAGAUGCACCUCAGGAGGAGGCUUCUCUCAGCAAUAGGCUCAAGACGUAUGCCAACUUUCCAGAAGCACCUCAGGAGGAGGCUUCUCUCAGCAAUAGGCUCAAGACGUAUGCCAACUUUCCAGAAGCACCUCAGGAGGAGGCUUCUCUCAGCAAUAGGCUCAAGACGUAUGCCAACUUUCCAGAGGCACCUCAGGAGGAGGCUUCUCUCAGCAAUAGGCUCAAGACGUAUGCCAACUAUCCAGAAGCACCUCAGGAGGAGGCUUCUCUCAGCAAUAGGCUCAAGACGUAUGCCAACUAUCCAGAAGCACCUCAGGAGGAGGCUUCUCUCAGCAAUAGGCUCAAGACGUAUGCCAACUUUCCAGAAGCACCUCAGGAGGAGCCUUCUCUCAGCAAUAGGCUCAAGACGUAUGCUAACUUUCCAGAAGCACCUCAGGAGGAGGCUUCUCUCAGCAAUAGGCUCAAGACGUAUGCCAACUUUCCAGAAGCACCUCAGGAGGAGGCUUAUCUCAGCAAUAGGCUCAAGACGUAUGCCAACUUUCCAGAGGCACCUCAGGAGGAGGCUUCUCUCAGCAAUAGGCUCAAGACGUAUGGCAACUUUCCAGAAGCACCUCAGGAGGAGGCUUCUCUCAGCAAUAGGCUCAAGACGUAUGCCAACUAUCCAGAAGCACCUCAGGAGGAGGCUUCUCUCAGCAAUAGGCUCAAGACGUAUGCCAACUUUCCAGAAGCACCUCAGGAGGAGGCUUCUCUCAGCAAUAGGCUCAAGACGUAUGCUAACUUUCCAGAAGCACCUCAGGAGGAGGCUUCUCUCAGCAAUAGGCUCAAGGCGUAUGCCAACUUUCCAGAAGCACCUCAGGAGGAGGCUUAUCUCAGCAAUAGGCUCAAGACGUAUGCCAACUUUCCAGACGCACCUCAGGAGGAGGCUUCUCUCAGCAAUAGGCUCAAGACGUAUGCCAAAUUUCCAGAAGCACCUCAGGAGGAGGCUUCUCUCAGCAAUAGGCUCAAGACGUAUGCCAACUUUCCAGAAGCACCUCAGGAGGAGGCUUCUCUCAGCAAUAGGCUCAAGACGUAUGCCAACUUUCCAGAAGCACCUCAGGAGGAGGCUUCUCUCAGCAAUAGGCUCAAGGCGUAUGCCAACUUUCCAGAAGCACCUCAGGAGGAGGCUUCUCUCAGCAAUAGGCUCAAGACGUAUGCCAACUUUCCAGAAGCACCUCAGGAGGAGGCUUCUCUCAGCAAUAGGCUCAAGACGUAUGCCAACUUUCCAGAGGCACCUCAGGAGGAGGCUUCUCUCAGCAAUAGGCUCAAGACGUAUGCCAAAUUUCCAGAAGCACCUCAGGAGGAGGCUUCUCUCAGCAAUAGGCUCAAGGCGUAUGCCAACUUUCCAGAAGCACCUCAGGAGGAGGCUUCUCUCAGCAAUAGGCUCAAGACGUAUGCCAACUUUCCAGAAGCAGCUCAGGAGGAGGCUUCUCUCAGCAAUAGGCUCAAGACGUAUGCCAAAUUUCCAGAAGCACCUCAGGAGGAGGCUUCUCUCAGCAAUAGGCUCAAGACGUAUGCCAACUUUCCAGAAGCACCUCAGGAGGAGGCUUCUCUCAGCAAUAGGCUCAAGACGUAUGCCAACUUUCCAGAGGCACCUCAGGAGGAGGCUUCUCUCAGCAAUAGGCUCAAGACGUAUGCCAACUUUCCAGAAGCACCUCAGGAGGAGGCUUCUCUCAGCAAUAGGCUCAAGACAUAUGCCAACUUUCCAGAAGCACCUCAGGAGGAGGCUUCUCUCAGCAAUAGGCUCAAGACGUAUGCCAACUUUAAAGAUGCACCUCAGGAGGAGGCUUCUCUCAGCAAUAGGCUCAAGACGUAUGCUAACUUUCCAGAAGCACCUCAGGAGGAGGCUUCUCUCAGCAAUAGGCUCAAGACGUAUGCCAACUUUAAAGAUGCACCUCAGGAGGAGGCUUCUCUCAGCAAUAGGCUCAAGACGUAUGCUAACUUUCCAGAAGCACCUCAGGAGGAGGCUUCUCUCAGCAAUAGGCUCAAGACGUAUGCCAACUUUCCAGAAGCACCUCAGGAGGAGGUUUCUCUCAGCAAUAGGCUCAAGACGUAUGCCAACUUUCCAGAAGCACCUCAGGAGGAGGCUUCUCUCAGCAAUAGGGUCAAGACGUAUGCCAACUUUCCAGAAGCACCUCAGGAGGAGGCUUCUCUCAGCAAUAGGCUCAAGACGUAUGCCAACUUUCCAGAAGCACCUCAGGAGGAGGCUUCUCUCAGCAAUAGGCUCAAGACGUAUGCCAACUUUCCAGAAGCACCUCAGGAGGAGGUUUCUCUCAGCAAUAGGCUCAAGACGUAUGCCAACUUUCCAGAAGCACCUCAGGAGGAGGCUUCUCUCAGAAAUAGGCUCAAGACGUAUGCCAACUUUCCAGAAGCACCUCAGGAGGAGGUUUCUCUCAGCAAUAGGCUCAAGACGUAUGCCAACUUUCCAGAAGCACCUCAGGAGGAGGCUUCUCUCAGCAAUAGGCUCAAGACGUAUGCCAACUUUCCAGAAGCACCUCAGGAGGAGGCUUCUCUCAGCAAUAGGCUCAAGACGUAUGCCAACUUUCCAGAAGCACCUCAGGAGGAGGCUUCUCUCAGCAAUAGGCUCAAGACGUAUGCCAACUUUCCAGAAGCACCUCAGGAGGAGGCUUCUCUCAGCAAUAGGCUCAAGACGUAUGCUAACUUUCCAGAAGCACCUCAGGAGGAGGCUUCUCUCAGCAAUAGGCUCAAGAUGUAUGCCAACUUUCCAGAGGCACCUCAGGAGGAGGCUUCUCUCAGCAAUAGGCUCAAGACGUAUGCCAACUUUCCAGAAGCACCUCAGGAGGAGGCUUCUCUCAGCAAUAGGCUCAAGACGUAUGCUAACUUUCCAGAAGCACCUCAGGAGGAGGCUUCUCUCAGCAAUAGGCUCAAGAUGUAUGCCAACUUUCCAGAGGCACCUCAGGAGGAGGCUUCUCUCAGCAAUAGGCUCAAGACGUAUGCCAACUUUCCAGAAGCACCUCAGGAGGAGGCUUCUCUCAGCAAUAGGCUCAAGAUGUAUGCCAACUUUCCAGAGGCACCUCAGGAGGAGGCUUCUCUCAGCAAUAGGCUCAAGACGUAUGCCAACUUUCCAGAAGCACCUCAGGAGGAGGCUUCUCUCAGCAAUAGGCUCAAGACGUAUGCUAACUUUCCAGAAGCACCUCAGGAGGAGGCUUCUCUCAGCAAUAGGCUCAAGACGUAUGCCAACUUUCCAGAAGCACCUCAGGAGGAGGCUUCUCUCAGCAAUAGGCUCAAGACGUAUGCUAACUUUCCAGAAGCACCUCAGGAGGAGGCUUCUCUCAGCAAUAGGCUCAAGAUGUAUGCCAACUUUCCAGAGGCACCUCAGGAGGAGGCUUCUCUCAGCAAUAGGCUCAAGACGUAUGCCAACUUUCCAGAAGCACCUCAGGAGGAGGCUUCGCUCAGCAAUAGGCUCAAGACGUAUGCCAACUUUCCAGAAGCACCUCAGGAGGAGGCUUCUCUCAGCAAUAGGCUCAAGACGUAUGCUAACUUUCCAGAAGCACCUCAGGAGGAGGCUUCUCUCAGCAAUAGGCUCAAGAUGUAUGCCAACUUUCCAGAGGCACCUCAGGAGGAGGCUUCUCACAGCAAUAGGCUCAAGACGUAUGCCAACUUUCCAGAAGCACCUCAGGAGGAGGCUUCUCUCAGCAAUAGGCUCAAGACGUAUGCCAACUUUCCAGAAGCACCUCAGGAGGAGGCUUCUCUCAGCAAUAGGCUCAAGACGUAUGCCAACUUUCCAGAAGCACCUCAGGAGGAGGUUUCUCUCAGCAAUAGGCUCAAGACGUAUGCCAACUUUCCAGAAACACCUCAGGAGGAGGUUUCUCUCAGCAAUAGGCUCAAGACGUAUGCCAACUUUCCAGAAGCACCUCAGGAGGAGGCUUCUCUCAGCAAUAGGCUCAAGACGUAUGCUAACUUUCCAGAAGCACCUCAGGAGGAGGCUUCUCUCAGCAAUAGGCUCAAGACGUAUGUCAACUUUCCAGAAGCACCUCAGGAGGAGGUUUCUCUCAGCAAUAGGGUCAAGACGUAUGCCAACUUUCCAGAAGCACCUCAGGAGGAGGCUUCUCUCAGCAAUAGGCUCAAGACGUAUGCCAACUUUCCAGAAGCACCUCAGGAGGAGGUUUCUCUCAGCAAUAGGCUCAAGACGUAUGCCAACUUUCCAGAAGCACCUCAGGAGGAGGCUUCUCUCAGCAAUAGGCUCAAGACGUAUGCCAACUUUCCAGAAGCACCUCAGGAGGAGGUUUCUCUCAGCAAUAGGCUCAAGACGUAUGCCAACUUUCCAGAAGCACCUCAGGAGGAGGCUUCUCUCAGCAAUAGGCUCAAGACGUAUGCCAACUUUCCAGAAGCACCUCAGGAGGAGGUUUCUCUCAGCAAUAGGCUCAAGACGUAUGCCAACUUUCCAGAAGCACCUCAGGAGGAGGCUUCUCUCAGCAAUAGGCUCAAGACGUAUGCCAACUUUCCAGAGGCACCUCAGGAGGAGGCUUCUCUCAGCAAUAGGCUCAAGACGUAUGCCAACUUUCCAGAAGCACCUCAGGAGGAGGCUUCUCUCAGCAAUAGGCUCAAGACAUAUGCCAACUUUCCAGAAGCACCUCAGGAGGAGGCUUCUCUCAGCAAUAGGCUCAAGACGUAUGCUAACUUUCCAGAAGCACCUCAGGAGGAGGCUUCUCUCAGCAAUAGGCUCAAGAUGUAUGCCAACUUUCCAGAGGCACCUCAGGAGGAGGCUUCUCUCAGCAAUAGGCUCAAGACGUAUGCCAACUUUCCAGAAGCACCUCAGGAGGAGGCUUCUCUCAGCAAUAGGCUCAAGACGUAUGCCAACUUUCCAGAAGCACCUCAGGAGGAGGCUUCUCUCAGCAAUAGGCUCAAGACGUAUGCCAACUUUAAAGAUGCACCUCAGGAGGAGGCUUCUCUCAGCAAUAGGCUCAAGACGUAUGCCAACUUUCCAGAAGCACCUCAGGAGGAGGCUUCUCUCAGCAAUAGGCUCAAGACGUAUGCCAACUUUCCAGAAGCACCUCAGGAGGAGGCUUCUCUCAGCAAUAGGCUCAAGACGUAUGCCAACUUUCCAGAAGCACCUCAGGAGGAGGUUUCUCUCAGCAAUAGGCUCAAGACGUAUGCCAACUUUCCAGAUGCACCUCAGGAGGAGGCUUCUCUCAGCAAUAGGCUCAAGACGUAUGCCAACUUUCCAGAAGCACCUCAGGAGGAGGCUUCUCUCAGCAAUAGGCUCAAGACGUAUGCUAACUUUCCAGAAGCACCUCAGGAGGAGGCUUCUCUCAGCAAUAGGCUCAAGACGUAUGCCAACUUUCCAGAAGCACCUCAGGAGGAGGUUUCUCUCAGCAAUAGGCUCAAGACGUAUGCUAACUUUCCAGAAGCACCUCAGGAGGAGGCUUCUCUCAGCAAUAGGCUCAAGACGUAUGCCAACUUUCCAGAAGCACCUCAGGAGGAGGUUUCUCUCAGCAAUAGGCUCAAGACGUAUGCUAACUUUCCAGAAGCACCUCAGGAGGAGGCUUCUCUCAGCAAUAGGCUCAAGACGUAUGCCAACUUUCCAGAAGCACCUCAGGAGGAGGUUUCUCUCAGCAAUAGGCUCAAGACGUAUGCCAACUUUCCAGAAGCACCUCAGGAGGAGGCUUGUCUCAGCAAUAGGCUCAAGACGUAUGCUAACUUUCCAGAAGCACCUCAGGAGGAGGCUUCUCUCAGCAAUAGGCUCAAGACGUAUGUCAACUUUCCAGAAGCACCUCAGGAGGAGGUUUCUCUCAGCAAUAGGCUCAAGACGUAUGCCAACUUUCCAGAAGCACCUCAGGAGGAGGCUUCUCUCAGCAAUAGGCUCAAGACGUAUGCCAACUUUCCAGAAGCACCUCAGGAGGAGGCUUCUCUCAGCAAUAGGCUCAAGACGUAUGCUAACUUUCCAGAAGCACCUCAGGAGGAGGCUUCUCUCAGCAAUAGGCUCAAGACGUAUGCCAACUUUCCAGAGGCACCUCAGGAGGAGGCUUCUCUCAGCAAUAGGCUCAAGACGUAUGCCAACUUUCCAGAAGCACCUCAGGAGGAGGCUUCUCUCAGCAAUAGGCUCAAGACGUAUGCCAACUUUCCAGAAGCACCUCAGGAGGAGGCUUCUCUCAGCAAUAGGCUCAAGACGUAUGCCAACUUUCCAGAAGCACCUCAGGAGGAGGCUUCUCUCAGCAAUAGGCUCAAGACGUAUGCCAACUUUCCAGAAGCACCUCAGGAGGAGGCUUCUCUCAGCAAUAGGCUCAAGACGUAUGCCAACUUUCCAGAGGCACCUCAGGAGGAGGCUUCUCUCAGCAAUAGGCUCAAGACGUAUGCCAACUUUCCAGAAGCACCUCAGGAGGAGGCUUCUCUCAGCAAUAGGCUCAAGACGUAUGCCAACUUUCCAGAAGCACCUCAGGAGGAGGCUUCUCUCAGCAAUAGGCUCAAGACGUAUGCCAACUUUCCAGAAGCACCUCAGGAGGAGGCUUCUCUCAGCAAUAGGCUCAAGACGUAUGCCAACUUUCCAGAAGCACCUCAGGAGGAGGCUUCUCUCAGCAAUAGGCUCAAGACGUAUGCCAACUUUCCAGAAGCACCUCAGGAGGAGGCUUCUCUCAGCAAUAGGCUCAAGACGUAUGCCAACUGUCCAGAUGCACCGCAGGAGGAGGCUUCUCUCAGCAAUAGGCUCAAGACGUAUGCCAACUUUCCAGAGGCACCUCAGGAGGAGGCUUCUCUCAGCAAUAGGCUCAAGACGUAUGCCAACUUUCCAGAAGCACCUCAGGAGGAGGCUUCUCUCAGCAAUAGGCUCAAGACGUAUGCCAACUUUCCAGAGGCACCUCAGGAGGAGGCUUCUCUCAGCAAUAGGCUCAAGACGUAUGCCAACUUUCCAGAAGCACCUCAGGAGGAGGCUUCUCUCAGCAAUAGGCUCAAGACGUAUGCCAACUGUCCAGAUGCACCGCAGGAGGAGGCUUCUCUCAGCAAUAGGCUCAAGACGUAUGCCAACUGUCCAGAUGCACCGCAGGAGGAGGCUUCUCUCAGCAAUAGGCUCAAGACGUAUGCCAACUUUCCAGAGGCACCUCAGGAGGAGGCUUCUCUCAGCAAUAGGCUCAAGACGUAUGCCAACUUUCCAGAAGCACCUCAGGAGGAGGCUUCUCUCAGCAAUAGGCUCAAGACGUAUGCCAACUUUCCAGAGGCACCUCAGGAGGAGGCUUCUCUCAGCAAUAGGCUCAAGAUGUAUGCCAACUUUCCAGAAGCACCUCAGGAGGAGGCUUCUCUCAGCAAUAGGCUCAAGACGUAUGCCAACUGUCCAGAUGCACCGCAGGAGGAGGCUUCUCUCAGCAAUAGGCUCAAGACGUAUGCCAACUUUCGAGAAGAACCUCAGGAGGAGGCUUCUCUCAGCAAUAGGAAUCCCAAAAUCCCUGUGGCUACAGGAAAGUGUCCUUGGGUGCCCUGCCUCACCUCGAGAAGCGUCCCAUUUGCCCUGCCAAACCUCGAAGAGAUUCCUGAGGUGUCCCUCGUUACUAGACAGGAGUCCUACGUCACUGAAGAAACACGUGUUUUGAAGGGCCAUCCCCGCCCACGACCGGUGGCUCGACUUCCUUCAGGCAACUCCAGAGAUGCCCUGAGAAAAAUUUCCCUAGUCUACAGGAACACCAACUUCAGCACAGCAACUCGAGGAAUGCUCCGUGUACCCCAAAUCGUCUCGAGAUGA